GCACUCUCGACAAUAACUUCUGUGAUGGUAGAUAUUGCUCCAGUCAAGAAGCAAAAUUGUUAAUUCAGCAACUCUUGGGGCUUCAACCAUUAGAUGCAGCAGAUCAUAUCGUCGAAUUUAGAAGAAAACACUCAAGAGGAAAAACAGGAUGCCACGGUUCGCCAGUCUCCUGUGUCUCUCUCUAGUCUUGUGUGCCGCCGUCUCCCAUUCUUUCGGGUUAGUUCUUCCGCAGGCAAAAGAUAAACGGGGGUGGACAUUAAACAGUGCAGGAUACCUCCUAGGACCACAUGCUGUGGACAAUCACCGAUCCUUAAGUGACAAGAAUGGCCUUGCUGGCAAACGUGAACUGCAGCUUGAAGAUGAACUUAAACAUGGUAACUUGCUACAAAACCUUGCAGAUGAAAGUGUUGCUCGCAUAGCCAUUGAAUUUCUUGUAUACUUGCAUCUAAAAGAGAUUGGGGCACUUGACAAUCUGCCAUCACUAUUAUCAUCUGAAGUUCCCCAACCGUAGUUGGAACAACUCCUCUGGAAUAUGAACUGUGGAACUGGUGACUGCAACUCAACCUCUACAGUGAACAAGUCAAAGAUUAUUGAUACCAGAUUCUCAAUCAACUUCCAGUACCUUUUGACUUAGUAUUAAGAUCAAUACUUGUGAAAUUAAUUGCAUUCCCAAAUUGAAAAGGUGUAAACCAAUAAAAUUAGCUGCUGCAACAA